AUGGGUAAAAGGGCAUCCCAGCGCAUCCUUCUGAAGCCAAACCAUGAGACCCGAACUCCAGCUGUGUUUCGUCCUUCCAAAGAAGAUUUUCAAUGUGGUGAUGGCUCUUCGAUUUCAUCAGAGAUGUGUAGUUUUACUUACCAAUCCAAGGAUGGCAGGGAUGACUAUCCCUAUUAUGAAAUAUGUGAUUUUGAGAAUGAUUGCUGCAAUAUUUUGGAAAAUGGAGGAUUACCUUCUGGGUGGAUAAGGAGAAAUGGGUUGAGCAUCAAAGGAACCCCUCUCUUUGACCACAAUAGCAAUAACUCAGCGAAUUACACUGUUUGUGACUUUGAGUCUGAGCAGCUAUGUGAAUGGAAGACAUUAAGCAACAAGGAUGUACCUUGGGCCGUGAUGAAAGGGCAAACUUCCAGGGAUCUCGGUCUUCCUACAAAAGAUCACACAACAAACAGUGAUAAGGGAAAAUUUAUUUAUGUGAAAGGCUCAUCUACAUACACAAAGCCUGUCAUUUCUCAUCUCAGCAGUCCAGUCUUUACAGAAUUAUCCACCAACGCUGCACAUUGUCAGGUGAGAUUUUGGUAUCAGCUGACUCAAGAUUCCCAGCUGACAGUCUUCAUUAGAACUCCCAGGAAUAUGGAAAUUUUACUUGACUCAAAAUUUUUCAAGAGCAGGAUGCAUUGGACAAAGGCAGUUGUACUUAUAAAAAAUACCACUGGAGAAAUGGCAGGACCUUUUCAGAUCAUUUUACAGGCCCAAGUCGGCUCAGAGAAAGCUGUUGUUGCUAUAGAUGAUAUCAGCAUAACAAAGGCAUGUGCGGCUACUACUAAUCAUUCCCUUUCAAACAUCUACAUGGAUGCUGCUACAUGUGACUUUGAAACAGACAGUUGUGGCUGGAUGGAAACAGUCACUGCUGAUGGAUUUAACUGGAUACGAAGUUCCAGGAGUAGCCUACCCCUUCCUCUCCAGAAACAAUCUCCACCAUGGGAUCAUACCUAUAGGCACUCUGCAGGUCAUUUUAUGUUCAUUUUGAGAAACAGCAGCAGUAUCUCACAGAUUGCAAAACUACAGAGCCCCAAGUUCAGCCAGGCUGGAUCAGGAUGCACCAUGACUUUCUGGUACUACAACUAUGGCCAGUCAGUCGGGGCAGCAGAAAUGCAACUGCUUGUUGAUGGACUCAAAGAACCAACAGUCCUCUGGAGGAUAUACUACAAUCAAGGAGCUCAGUGGUUAAAGGCUUCCAUUCAGCUUGGCCGCCUCCCACAGCCUUUUCAAUUAUCUCUAAAUAAAGUCAGCCUUGGAUUUUAUGAUGGUGUCUCAGCAAUUGAUGAUAUCAGAUUCACGAACUGUGCAUUGCCACUGCCAACGUUAAACUGUGAAAGUCCUGAUCAUUUCUGGUGCCAAAACUCGAAAGCUUGCAUAGACCGCUUAUUAGUGUGUGAUCUUGUUGAUAACUGUGGAGAUGGAUCUGAUGAAGACAACUGCAUAGCUGCACUGCAGUGCAACUUUGAGUUUGGACUCUGCAACUGGGAACAAGAUACAGAUGAUGACCUAGACUGGACUAUAAAUCAAGGUCCGACUCCCACUCUGAACACAGGACCAAUGAAAGAUCAUACUCUGGGCACAGUUAAAGGGCACUAUCUGUACCUAGAGUCUUCAGAGCCACAGGUGUUCCAAAACAGAGCAGCUUUGCUGAGCCCAGUCUUGAAUGCUACCUCUGCACAAAACAACAAAAGCUGCAUUUUUCGCUUCCAUUAUCAUAUGUUUGGAAAGCAUAUUUACAGACUGGCAGUUUUCCAGAGAACAGCGAGCAACACAAGAGGACAUCUGCUGUGGCAGAUAUUUGGUAAUCAAGGGAACAGAUGGAUAAGGAAAAUCCUUUACAUUAGGAGUUCAGAGCCUUUUCAGAUUUUUGUGGAAGGUACCAUUGGGGAUGGUUUCACUGGAGACAUUGGAAUUGAUGAUUUGUCUUUUAUGGAUUGUACGCUUUACUAUGGAAAUUUGACAAGUGAUUCCACAACUCCACUGGGAACAUCCAUUCCUGUAACACUGCCCAUGAAUAACUGUACAGAAGAAGAAUUCGUCUGCAGAGCCACUGGCCAGUGCAUAAAAAUAAUUCAAAGGUGUGAUUUCCGCCCUGACUGUUCUGACAGGUCUGAUGAGUCAUCUUGUGCUUCAGAUGUUUGUGACUUUGACAAUGAAAACGUAUGUGAAUGGUAUCAGCCUGUGGCCACGGUGACAACCAUAUCUUCAGCCCAUAGUGCUAAUUUGUUCCAGUGGGGCCUUGGUAAAGGAGCAAAUAUUCACCCAGGAGAAGAGAAUCAUAGACCAUCAAUUGAUCAUUCAAUGGCUACCGAGGAAGGCUGGUAUCUCUAUGCUGACAGUUCGAAUGGAGAAUUUAGACACACCGCUGACCUUAUGACUCCAGUAAUUUCUCUUACUGGGCCCAAGUGCAAGCUGGUCUUUUGGAACUAUAUGAAUGGGGCAACGGUGGGUUCAUUGAAGGUGCUCAGCAAAGUAGGAAAUGUGACUACUGAAAUGUGGGCUCAGAGUGGUCGUCAGGGUCCCCAGUGGAACAGAGCCGAAGUGUUUUUAGGAGCCCUUUCUUAUUUCCAGGUUGUCUUCCGAGCCAGACGAGGCAUCAGUUAUGUGGGAGAUGUGGCAGUGGAUGAUAUUUCUUUUGAGGACUGUUCUCCCAUGCAGGUCCCAAUCCAACCUUGUACUUCUGAAGAAUUUACUUGUGCCAACAAAUACUGCAUCCCAAAAGAUAAUCUUUGUGAUUUUGUGAACGACUGUGCAGAUAACUCAGAUGAGAGCCAAAGCAUUUGUGGGACAUCCAUCGGGCGCUGUGAUUUUGAGUUUGAUCUUUGUGACUGGGAACAGGCUCAGACCGAUGACUUUGACUGGAAUCUCAGAAUUGGAGGCAUUCUAAGAACAGGAACUCAACCAAUUGCAGAUCACACUUUGCAAAAACCAUCUGGUCAUUACAUCUUCAUAAAGAGUUCUUUCCCGCAGUUGCCAGGUCAAGAAGCUGGAAUUUCUAGUAUGGCAAUAAGCAGAAGAAGCAGGAAUUGCAAGCUGGUAUUUUAUUACCACAUGUAUGGAGUUGAUAUGAGAUCACUAACUGUCUACCAGGUUAUGGCAUCACAUUCCAAAAAAAUGUUAUUUAAUCUGACUGGGGAUCAAGGAAAUUUCUGGAAUAGAAAAGUUUUACCACUAGAAGCAGAUGAGGACUUUCAGGUCACCUUUGAAGGUCGUGUUGGAAAAGGUCGCAGGGGUGGCAUAGCCCUUGAUGAUAUCACUUUUACAAAGGAAUGUUUACCAUCAUCAUACUUCUUUCCAGAUGAACGUACACCAUCAACAGGCUCUUGUUCCGAGGAUUUGUUGGAAUGCCUAAAUGGCAAUUGUUACGGACCAGAACAAAGCUGCAAUUUUGUGGAUGACUGUGGGGAUAAUACAGAUGAGAGAGAAUGUGGACAUUCCUGCACUUUUGAAAGUGGUAUAUGUGGUUGGCGGAAUUCCCUAGCCGAUAACUUUGAUUGGGUUAUGGGAACCAGCUCGCCUCAAAUCCUUAGACCUCCUAAGGACCACACACUGGGGAAUGGGAAAGGACAUUUCCUGUAUCUUGAAGCAACUUCGGUAGGUGUUAGAGGGGACAGGGCACAUUUGAAGAGUUCCAGGUGGAAAGAAUCUAGCACCACUUGUGUACUGAGUUUCUGGUAUUACACAUCUUCAAAAGCAUCAGGACGUAUCCAGGUUUUCGUUAAGUUUAAGAAUGGCCUUGUAAAGAUGUGGAGUGAUUCUGGAAAUAAUGGUGGCCAAUGGAAGAAAGCAGAAAUACAUCUGGGCAAACUGAGGAAUUUUGAAGUCAUAUUUGAAGGCAUUCGAGUCAAAGAUCUGGGAGGAGGAGCAGCAAUAGAUGACAUUGAAUACAGGAAUUGUAGCACAAUUGAAGAGGAUUCUGGGGUGUGCCCGGCUAUUACUGACUUUGUGUGUUGGAACAAGAAUUGCAUUGAGUCCCACCUUAUUUGUGAUUACAAGGAUGACUGUGGAGACUGGUCAGAUGAAGCUGACUGCAGUCAAUACACCUCUGUUCCAGGAAGCUGUAACUUUGAAAUGCAGGGCCAAGACUGGACCACUAUGUGUGGAUAUAUGCAAGAUGCCAGUGAUGAAUUUGAUUGGCAUGUUAUCAAUAGUGCUGUCAUACAAAGAAAAGGCCCAAGUAAAGGUCACACACCAGGCAAUGGACGUCAUUUUCUGUACAUCAAUUCAUCUUCUCAACAAGAAGGAGAUAGAGCCAGAAUUGUUACCACCACAUAUUUUCCAGCCAGCACGGGUAUAUGUAGACUACGCUUCUGGUUCUGGCCAUGUAAUUCAGCCCAAAUUGGAGUGUUAAAGGUGUACACUAUUGAAGAAUCUGGAAUGGAUAUUUUAAUGUGGUCAGCAGCUGGAAAUAAAAGAAAUGCAUGGAUAUAUGCCAGUGUGGUGCUUUCUAGCAACAGUCCUUUCAAAGUGGCCUUCGAAGCUGAAUCAGGAGUAAAGGAGCCCUUAGAAUUUGCACUCGAUGACAUUUCUUUCACCCCGGAGUGUGAAUUAGGAGGAUCAGUUGCACCACAGCCUCCGACCUGCCCCAGUGACCAAUUCACUUGCAUGUACAUGAAACAGUGUGUGCCUCUGCCUGUGAAAUGUGACCACGUGGAGGACUGUGUGGAUGGAUCUGAUGAAAUAACCUGCCGUACUGAACAACCAACCACAGAACCGCCAAGCCUUUGCAAAGAUACAGAGUUCCAAUGUGCUAACCAACUAUGUAUCCCAUCCCUCUUUAGAUGUGAUGGUGUGACCGAUUGUAAUUUAAAUGAAGAUGAAGCCAAUUGUCCCAUUAAAGAUUGCUUCAAUGGGUCUUUGUUGUGUCCCUCAACUAAUACCUGUAUUCCAGUUUCCCAGCGCUGCAAUGGUAUUGUAGACUGCAUUGAUUUCUUCCUUGAUGAAUCUAGCUGUUCAGCCUGUCCAGAGUCAUAUUGCAAAAAUGGUGGAACAUGCAGCAAAGAAACUGUUCCCCUCUGCAGAUGUGAGAAAGAAUGGACAGGAAACCGUUGCCACAUAAAAACUAAGCUUUCUUUGACUUCAUCCCUGAAAAAUGAUAUUUGGACUGAGCUGAGCAUUGGAUUAGCUUUGCUGUUGAUUGGAAUUGUGGUUGCUGUUUCAUGCAUCCUUUCAAAGAGGAAAUUGCCAAGAAUGAAACCUGAAGAGCUCUUGAACACUGCCUUUGCCAACCCAUUGUAUGAAGCUCACAGUGUUAAGUCUACAGAGUAUGCUGUCUCAAUGGGAGUUCCGAUCAGUGUUUCUCCAUGGCAGGCACAGCAGGGGCUUUAUCACAGUAAUGACAAAAUGGCCACUUCCUUUGCCAAUCCUCUGUUCGGCACAUCUACCGAAAAAUGGGGAGAUGCUGUGAAAUUGCAGUGAAAAUGGACACAAAAUAAAAUAGAUACUUCAUGAAACUUCACCUGCCAAGAUUUUCUUUCUUGUUUCAGAUGGUAAAAUGGCAUUGCAUUAGUAAAAUGAAUGAAAAUGGAAUGAUUGCCAUAUUAGAAUAAUUAUGUUCUCCAAAUAAUGCUUCAUUCAAAAUAGCAGCCGCCCACAUGGGAGAGUGCAGUCUUACAUUAUGUUUAUGUUGGCAAGCAACAGUCGUGGUAACUUUACUUUUGAAUUCACAGCAU